AUGCCGCUGUACAAGCAGGUGCUCUUGACGAACCUCAAGUCCCCGCCGAAAGACGUGGCGCAAGUGUUUCAAGACUGUGCAGCACUCGUGACGUCCCACGGCGGCGUGAUCCGGUCGACGGAGAAUCGCGGAGAGAAGCGACUGGGUUACGGCAUCGAAGACCGUCGAUGGGGAGCGCUCCAGCGCCACUACGAGGGCAAACUCAUUGUGCAGCAGUUCAAUACGUCGCCAACGGUGCUAAAGGAAGUGGAAGCCAAGCUUAAGAACAGUUUCCCCAUCAUUCGGUUCCAGACGUUCAAGGUCCGGGACCCCGUGGACAGGCUCAUGAACACGCGCGUGACGCUCGAGCAGGCGCAGCUGUUGCUGAAUCCCAUUGCGAAAGCCAAGGCUGAGCAAGCUGCGAAAGCAGCGAAAGAAGCGCGACGUCCACGCAAUCCCGAUCUGGCUGACGUCAAGCCCGAAGACUUUCUGGACACGAGCGACGAGUGGGAAGCUGCGCAGUUCAAGCAGUACGUGCCCGAGUGGAAGCGUGAUGCGCUGUUUGAGCCGGACGUGCCAGCGCAUCUUGAAGACGAGAAGAAGUGA